UGCAGAGUUUCUUGUAGCUGCAACCUCUUAUCCCACCACGACCGUUCUGUGGCUCCCCGCGUCCGUCCCCAUGUCAUCCCCGGCGUGCCGUCCCGGCCUCCCGGCGCCUCGCCGGCAGGCGACGCUCCUCCCCCGCCCAGCCGCUCCGCCGUCCGUCUCGAAGCGGGCUGUUCAUCGGACAAGACCUGCUCACUCCACCUUCGAGUUCUCCUCCUCUCCUGGCCGCCGCCGCCCUGCUCGGGUCAUCUCUUCUUGCCACGGUGGUAUGCUAGAAAGAAGGAGACUACUGUUGAUUCCUGCAAUUAGUCUCACCAUUGGCUCUCUUCAGUACAGUCUGGAGAAGGGAGCAGCAAAAGCUGAAUUUACUGACAUGCCAGCGCUUCGUGGGAAGGAUUAUGGGAAGACGAAAAUGAGUUACCCAGAUUACACUGAAACAGAAUCAGGCCUCCAAUACAAGGACUUGCGGGUUGGAGAGGGCCCAUCCCCAAAGAAGGGAGAGACAGUAGUGAUUGAUUGGGAUGGGUACACAAUUGGAUACUACGGGCGCAUUUUUGAAGCUCGAAACAAGACCAAAGGUGGUUCGUUUGAGGGUGGUGAUAAAGAAUUCUUCAAGUUCAAGUUUGGAUCAGGACAGGUAAUACCAGCCUUUGAGGAGGCUAUGACAGGCAUGCGGCCAGGUGGAGUUAGAAGGAUAAUAGUAUCACCGGAUAUUGGAUACCCAGAUAAUGACUUGAACAAGUUAGGCCCAAAACCAACAACAUUUUCGGGACAAAGAGCUCUAGAUUUCGUUCUAAGGAAUCAAGGAUUAAUAGAUAAAACUCUCCUGUUUGACAUUGAGCUUAUCAGAAUAAUUCCAAGUCAAUAGUAUACGAGGGUAAUUUCGAUAACCAUUGGGAGGAAAGGAGCAUACUGUUUGAGCAUGCAAUCAAAUCCUUUGAUGGCCAUCGGAUAUGUAAAUGUACUGUAUAUACUAUAUACUUGAGUAUCAACAAAAAACAUUGAUAUCGCGGACCCA